CCUGGUCUCCCUGGUCCUCCUCAGUCCAUGUUGGGGAUUUUCUUCAUCACUCACUCAGCCGUGCUAAUCGAAGACGUGCCGUUUGAAGAGGCAGACAUUCACCAGGAUAAUCCUCAGAAGAUCUACGAGCUCUACGAUAAAGUCGGGUAUAACUGCAUCAUCGCCGCCGCCAUCUACGUCUUCUUUGGAUCGUUUUCGUUUUGCCAGAUGAAACUCAACAAGCGGAAGGAUUACCUGGUGCAUUAGCGCCCCCUGCUGGCCUGGAGGCUGACUGCUGGUUAAAGGCGCAUGAUCGCUGAGCGAGCGGAUUGAAAGAUGAAGAGGAUUGUAGAAUAAACUAUUCAUAAAUGAUGAGUCGUCUGCACUGUAACAGGAAUGUGUUUGAUGUUAAUUUAUUUCAGGUGUCGCUUCUUUGAAUAAGCUGAGAAACGUCUGUGAUUGGAUGUGAUGAAACGUUGAUUUCAUGGUCACAGUUUCAAACAAUAAAAAGUGUAUGCAAUCAAUCAA